AGCCAAGAAGAAUUGAAAUCUCUGCUCCUUUUCAUCCAUUAAUCAGCUUUUCCUCUACAUUUUCCACUAGCACAAAGAAACCACACAGAAAAACCAUGGUUGCCCGCGCCGAGAACAUUGGUAUCCGUGCCAUCGAGGUCUACUUCCCGAGCCGUUACGUCGACCAGGUCGAGCUCGAGCAGCACGACGGCGUGUCGGCCGGCAAGUACACGAUCGGUCUGGGGCAGUCCAAGAUGGCGUUCUGCGACGACCGCGAGGACAUCUCGUCAGUGUGCCUGACGGUGGUGCAGUCGUUCAUGGAGAAGUACAACGUGUCGUACAGCGACAUCGGGCGCCUGGAGGUGGGCACCGAGACGAUCAUCGACAAGAGCAAGUCGACCAAGACGGUGCUGAUGAAGCUGUUUGAGGAGUCUGGCAACUUCAACGUCGAGGGCAUCGACACGACCAACGCCUGCUACGGCGGCACCUCGGCGCUCUUCAACGCCUGCCAGUGGAUGGACUCGUCGGCGUGGGACGGCCGUCUGGCGCUGGUGGUGGCCGGCGAUAUCGCCGUCUAUGCGUCGGGCAACGCCAGGCCGUCGGGCGGCUGCGGCGUCGUCUGCAUGCUGGUUGCUCCCGAUGCCCCGCUGGCGCUCGAGUUCCCGCUGCGCGGCACCUUCAUGGAGAACACCUACGAUUUCUACAAGCCCAACAUGUCGUCCGAGUUCCCCACCGUCGACGGCCCGCUGUCGGUGACCUCGUAUGUGCGUGCCCUCGAUAACGCGUACCUGGCCUACAUCGAUGCCCUGGAGAAGCGCGCAGCCGAGUCCGCAGCCUCGCUGGACAGCGUCGACUACCUGGUCUUCCACUCGCCCUACACCAAGCAGGUCAUCAAGGGUUUUGGCCGUAUCGCCUACAACGACUUUUUGCGCAGCCCCGAUGCCCCGCAGUUCGCCGAUGUCCAGCAGUUCAAGGACAUUGCCCGCGAGGACUCGUACACCAACAAGGUCCUCGAGAAGGCCUUCAUUAACGUCUCCAAGCAGGCCUUUGCCGCCAAGACCAAGCCCUCGCUGCUGGCCGCCUCCAACAUCGGAAACAUGUACACGGGCUCGGUCUUCUUUGGCCUGGCCUCGCUGCUCACCGAGGUGUCCUCGGCUGACCUCCAGGGCAAGCGCAUUGCCCUGUUCUCCUAUGGCUCCGGAUGCGCCGCGUCCAUGUACUCGUUCCGCGUCCGCGGCAACACCGAGGAGAUCGCCAAGGCCCUUGACCUCAAGGCCCGUCUGGACAGCCGGACCAAGGUCUCGCCUGUCGAGUUCGAGCAGAUCAUGGCCCUGCGCGAGAAGACCCACAACGCCCUCGAGUACGAGCCCCAGAGCGACGUCUCCAAGCUCUUCCCUGGCACCUUCUAUCUGCAGAAGAUCGACUCCAUGUGGCGCCGCGCCUAUGGCCGCACUCCGCUCAACUAGAGAGAGCUGCUUCUCGGAAGCCGCUGGGCGCUCGGGCGGAGCCAGUGAUUUCUGCUUCUUGAUUUCUGCUUCUUGAUUUCUUUUCCCCAGUAAUUUUUCUACCCUAAACAAAAACAAGCUUCAAAUCAUGGUACUU